AUGGGGUGCUACGUAUCUUUUCAUAUUUUAUUGUAUCGCAGCAUAUAUUACGGAGGAGUAGGAGUAGUUUUUCUCUUGCUUAUUGCAGUGGUUAUGAUAGAGCUGAUAGAGCUGUCACUGCUGAAUUUGCGUUCAUAUCAGCCAAAUGAAAUUAGUGCAUAUUUUGUAGGUCUGGUAGCUUUCCGGAUUCUCAUUCUAUGCACCAGGAGACCAUUUAUAGAAAUCCCAAAACUUUACUUUCUGAGCAUUUAUGGAUGUGCUACCGUUCAUGACAGUUUGAAAUUCAAGGAUGAAAGCAUACCACUUAUUCAAGCGAAUUUUCUGGAUGAGUUGGUGGAAGUGCUUCUACCGGUUUUAAAACUCGAUGAUACAUAUGAUUCGGAAUAG